UACGCAGGACUGUGGCCUGGUGGUGCAACCAGAUCAGCCCUGUGGUUUGGAGCCCCUCCCUGGGCCACUCUCUCCAGGCGAGCCCCAUGCCCCAAAGCAGCCCUGCACCUCCGGGGAUGUACCAGGUCGUUGGGUGGUUCCUUGCCUCAGCUGUGCCGACAACCGGACCUGUGACUGGAGAGAGGUUGCUUGGCAACCCGAGGGCUGUUACCACCCCUUGCUGGACCUCCCCCAGCUGCAGGACUGCAUGAUGUAUAGGAAGGUAAUGUUCAUAGGUGACUCCACUAAUCGGGGGAUGAUGUACUUCCUGAUGGAGCGGGUCAACUCUAGUCUGGAGGACUGGGGCAAGGCCCACGACAGCCUGGUCUAUCGCAACGUCAAUCAGGGACACACACACGUCUCCUACUCCUACUACCCCCAGUUCUGGCUGGAGCAGAGCCACAGACCCACCUUCCAGAGGGCCCUGGAGCAGCUCAUACUGAGAUCACGACCCCUGGAGAACUCCCGUCAGACUGUGUUGGUGGCAGGAGGUGUCCAGUGGCUCAACACCAACCACCUGAGGAUCAUGAGAGAAGUGCUGGAGAGGGAAGGGCUACAGGAUAUCAUGGUGGUGGUGAAGUCUCUGGGCAUGGGCUUCCAUCUCCCUGUGGACGGCAUCCGCUCUCUCUCACUGAGAGGAGUACAGGAGCUGUAUAGAGAGAACAGCAACAUCAUCACCGCCGCAAAGCACUAUGGGUAUGAGGUUAUAGACACAUUCAGCGUCACCAUGGGCCGCUACAAAGAGUUCCUGCAGGGACAGUGCGCCUGCCAUUUUCAUGAGGUUGAAAAGCUGUCGUUCUCCAAGGUUCCCCUGCACAGGAAGAUGAAGCUCCUUCGACACGGCGAGGAACCUGGGACCGGAACCAGUGGAACUGGAACCGGGUACAGGGAUCAGCCCACCCUGCAGCACCAGGACCAGUGGGCGGGGUCUAACUCCUCCACCUAUCAUGUGAGAGGAGCGGUGAACCAGGUGUACUCGCAGAUUCUGCUGAGCAGACUGUGUGUGAGAGACACAGGAAACUAGAACCAGCCCUCACCACCACAGACUGUGUGUGUGCGUGCGUGCUUGUGUCCUUGCUUACUAACGUGCGUGUGUGUGUGUGCGCGUGCGCGUGUGUGCGCGUGCGCGUCCAUACCAGCGUCUCUCUAAAGAAUGAGAGGUCAUCCCAUCCACGAAGUGCUGUAGUAACAGGAGAGUACAGACCUCCUCUGAUUGGCCCACACACUGCCCCCCCCCCCCCCCCCCCCCCCCCGUCAUGUGACUGCUACCUCUGCUAGGUAGAGGUUUCCAGAUGGUCGAAGAGGGGGAUCGCUGGCCGACCGCCAAAAGACUAGGGAAGCAGCUGGAGAAAGAAAAAAGAGGAGAGCGAGAGUGACUGUCGAAGGAGUGUGUCAUGUGCACAUCCCAAAUGUAAGCCUUGCUCUCCCACCAACCGACAAUGCUCCCUCAACGCUCCAGCACAAACCCUUACAAUUGUAUAGUUUUAUAGUAGUGGAAACGUUGUUGAAAUGUUGUACAGCAUUGGUUCUCAAUCAUCACCUCGUGUACCCCCGGCAAUUCCAUGUGUUUGAUGUAUUCCAGAGCUGGCACACCUGAUUCAGAUUCAACUGGUCAACUAAUCAGGUGAGCUAGUUGAGGGCUACAACAACAUUGUGAAACGUCUGGGGGGUCCCCGAGGAGAGGUUCAAGACUUUUGAUGUGUGCCUUUGAUGCCUUUAUGCAUCAGGAAAGCCUAUCUCUCGCCAUCGGAGGGACUUUUUGAUAUCCAGCUGUUCCUCCUCAUAUACAGUACCUCAUCCAUCCGCGUGUCCUGUUGACACCACAGCGUAUUCUAUUCUAUGCCAAAGAUGUGACGAAAGCUGAGCUAUUCUUCAAGUGAAUGUCUUAUGUAUGAUUUUCUUAUAGUUCUAUAUAUUUUUCUACAGAUGUUUAUUCGUUCCUAUAAUGUUGAUAAUCAGUGUAUAAUGUUUUACAUGCAGCAUAUUGUUUACAUGCUAAUGAAGGUCUGGUGUAAUGUGUGCUAUGGAUUUAUACAUAUUGUCUGAUCUGUCCUCUGAUCAUUUGUAUGGAGGGAACUGAGCUGGUGAAGAUGAAGGUAAUUGUAACACACACACGAGUGGAGACUACCUGCUUAGCUCUGUCCUAUGGAACAUUGAUAGCAAACCUAAUCAUUUGAUUCAGUGAUUUUGAAGGAAAACGUAAGGGAAAAGAACAGAAAGACAUAUUUGCUUAAUGCUAAAUAUUAUCAACACUCUUCAUUUAUUUUUAAAGAACAUCUAUCUUCAAAUGGUACUAACUUCAGCUUUGUGUUUCCAGAUGGUAUAUAUAAGUUAUUCCAU